UUUUGAAUGAGUUGUACGCGCGGCGAGUACUGAAAAUAUUUCCAAACCGAUCAAUUUCAUAUAUCAAAUACAAAGAUAAUAAAAACCGAGAAGGAAAACAGCCAUCGUGCGUGCUCAAUAUAUGGAAAAUAUACCCCAAUAAAAAUCUCUCGAAGUGCAAAACUGUUUUUCCGAAUUUUCUGAUUUUUGUUUUAUUUUUCGAUGUGUGUGUGUAAUGAAAAUUGUGUGCAAUAAGCGGCGAAUGCAGGCCAGCAGCAACAACAUCAACGGCAGCAACUGCAACAGCAAAUGCAGCAAUCUACAUGCGGUCGUCUAACUGUAAAGCACUUGGCAACGGUCAGCAGGAAAAUCAGCAGCAGCAGCAACAAGUGGAACGCACAGCAGCAACAUCAUUAGCCGGCAUUUGAUUGCAUCAACUUGCAGCCAUUAGAUAUAGGCAUUUGAUAUCUGAAAUCGGAUAAAGCCAAACCAAAUGCUGUAGAACCAUGGCGGCAAUUACUAGCAAUGUCUCGCGAUUGGAGCCAAUGCGCGGUAUUUCCAUAAUCAUUGAAUCGCCAGAAGUGGCCACAGCCACAGCAGCAACAGCAACAGCAACGGCAACACAAGUAGCAGCAACUGCCAAGAGCAACAGCAACACUGAAAUGUCGCUCAAGUCCCAGGCUGGCAUGUUGCUGGCAUUUGGCGACACAGCAGCAACAACCAAAGAUAAUUUGGAAACUAGUUACGACACAGCAGCAGCAUCAGCAGAAGCAGCAGCAACUGCGGCAACAGCAACAGCAACAUCAGCGGCAACAGCAACAGCGGCAACACCACCGACCACCAAAAUCUAUCCACAAUUGCUGCUGCGCAUUGGCGGAGAAAUUGCCGGUGCAACAGCGGUAACAUCACCGACCAUAAUCAGUUGCAAUGGUGAAAUUGCUGCCAGUCAGCCAGCAGCAACAGCAGCGGACACAGCAGCAACAUUGCAACAUAAUAAUACGGUGAAGAUUCAAAUUGAAAGCCAGGGUCAACCGCGAGUACUGGGCAAGCAGAUAAGUGUGGUAAAACUGAACGAGGAGGAGAUGCAGCAGCAGCAGCAAUUGUGCUAUUUGGUGGACACCAGUGGUCAAUACUCGCCAUGCGAAACAUUGGACAGUGGCACGGGCAGCGACCUGGAGGGUCAGGGUCACCAGCAGCAGCAGCUGCAGCAGCAGCAGGUGAGGUCACCGCAGCUGGAGUUGCAUCUGCAGACCACCAGGCUAAAGGUCAAGGAGGCGGACAACCUCCUGGUGACCCCGAACCCCAAUCCCCCGAGGGCCUACAGUCUCACCGACGACAGCGAAGAAGGCGACGAAAGCAGCAACUCCUCGCUCAGCUGCGACUCCUUGCACUCCGGUGGCCUUCUGCCCACCACUCUCCUCCGGGACAUUCGACUCAGGGAAAGGGAGUCCCACAGUGAUCCCCUGGUGACCAAGAUCGAUGGCAGACCCCUGCAAUACGAGGCGGAUGGCUACUACACCUUCCACGUCCACGAGCACGACAACUUCCGGAGCUUCAACUCCAGCUCCUCGACGGAGUACGAGGCGCCGACUUUUCCGGAGGAUCCGCAGGACGAGGACUUCGCCGGCUAUCGGGAUGUCCGGACGGAGGGCAAGCACUCCACCAACUCCACCAUCAGAUCGGCCAAGGGAACGGUGAGGGGCGUCAAGAAUCGUGUGCGCAAUGGAGUAGCCACCUUCUUGCAGCUGCAACAGCCCAAUGUCAAGAAUUACAUGGAAAAGGACUUGGGCAAGGUGGUCUUGUACACCACCAGCAUGGGAAUCAUCAGGGACACUUACGCCAAGUGCGCCAAUGUUAAACAGAUCCUGCGAACUUUGCUAAUAAAAUUCGAGGAGCGAGAUGUCUUCAUGAGCGUGGAGUACCAGCAGGAAAUGCGGGAAAGGAUGCACGAUGAGACCAUUCGGGUGCCACAGCUCUUCGUCGAGGGCCAGCACAUCGGGGAUGCCGACACUGUGGAGCGACUGAAUGAAAGUGGGGAACUGCGACAGCUGCUGAAACCGUACAAAUCGAUCGCCACUGCGUAUACGUGCCAGACGUGUGGAGGAUAUCGCCUUUUGCCGUGUCCUUCGUGCAGCGGAUCCAAGAAGUCGGUGCACCGGAACCACUUUACGACGGAGUUCGUGGCCCUAAAGUGCAUGAAUUGCGAUGAAGUCGGACUGGUCAAGUGCCCCAAUUGCUGAGGAAAUCAACGCUUUCCACGUUUUUUUUCUAGCUGUAGUGCUUUUUUUUGUAUCUAUAUCAAAAUGAUUUUUUUUUGUGCGCAAUUCUUGUAGUCGCUUAUUAUUAACAGUUGUGAUAUUUGAGAGCAGUUUGAGCCGGAAAUGAGUGGCCGAAACGGGAGCAAAACGAAUGGAAUUGGAACGGAAAUGACACACACCCACACAAACGAAACAACCUAUUCAUAUGUGAAUCGAAGAGAUAUCGAAUAAAAUCUAAACCCUAUUAAAUGA